AUGCUCCCCCAGCGCAACAUUGCUCGCUUUGCCCAGCGUGCCUCUCAGCAGGUUCGCUCGACCGCCCAGCGCCGCUUCAACAGCGCCGAGGCCAAACCCUCGUGGAUUGUCGACAACGAGUUCAACCGCGAGCGUGCCGCUGUCAAGCACCACGCUGCCUCCACCAGCGACUUGUGGCGCAAGCUCUCCAUCUUCGCUGUUGUUCCCUGCCUGAUUGGCGGUGGUCUCAACGCCUAUAACCUCUGGAAUGAGCACUGGGAGCACUGGGAGCACAUGCCUCCUCUUGAGGAGCGCACCGAGUACCCCUACCAGAACAUCCGCGUGAAGAACUUCCCCUGGGGCGACGGUGACAAGACCAUCUUCUGGAACUCUGAGGUCAACUACCAUAACAAGGACAAGGCCACCUAA